CAUGGCACUGGAGUUUGGGCAUGUGGCCCUUGGCCAUCCUGCCCCCAGGCAUCCCGGGAGUCCCGUCAGGCAGGUUCUCGCUGGGGAGGAAAGCAAAAGCAGCUGACUCGCCGGCAUGCAGCUGGAGCGCUGGGCAUGAAUCCAGCAGAGGGGAAGGUCCUGGGGCUCGGGUGCAGCCUUCCCAUGGGGCAGGGGGACGGUCAUGGGCGUUCCUGAGCCAGCAAGACGUGGGUCUCAGCCCCGCCACAUCCUGGUGCCCUGCCCAGAGCGGCCAGGAGCUGAGUCCACAAGGUGCUGAGUGAGGGGAUGCGGGGGGACAGCUUGGCACCUGGCAGCACCCAGCAGCGCGGCCCCGGCCACAGCCAUGGGCGAGUGGAGCUUCCUGAGCUCGCUGCUGGAUGCCGUGCAGGAGCACUCGCCCAUGGUGGGCCGGUUCUGGCUGGUGGUGAUGCUGAUCUUCCGCAUCCUCAUCCUGGCCACUGUGGGCAGCGACGUCUUCGAGGACGAGCAGGAGGAGUUUGCCUGCAACACGCUGCAGCCGGGCUGCAAGCAGGUCUGCUACGACAAGGCCUUCCCCAUCUCCCACUACCGCUUCUGGGUCUUCCACAUCGUGGUGCUGUCGGCCCCUGCCCUGCUCUUCGUCAUGUACGCCAUGCACCAGGGCGGCAAGCUGCAGCAGGGCCAGGAGGGCGGCCCCGCGGGCCCGCCCCGGCUGCAGCCCAGCCAGCGGGCCCACCACAUCCGCACCUUCUACCUGGCCAACGUGGCCAUGCGCAUCCUGGCUGAGACCAGCUUCCUGGUGGGGCAGUGGCAGCUGUAUGGGUUCCACGUGGAGUCGCGCUUCACCUGCCAGCACUGGCCCUGCCCCCACACGGUGGACUGCUUCGUGUCCCGGCCCACCGAGAAAACCAUCUUCAUCCUCUUCUACUUCAUGGUGGGCGUGGUCUCCACCCUGCUCAGCCUGCUGGAGCUGGCCCACCUGCUGGGCAAGGACAAGUGCCAGGGGCAGGAAGCUGCCAAGCCCCCGGCCACCUCCUACGAGCAGCAGGAAAACUGGUCCAACCAGGCGCACGAGCAGUGCCAGCACUUCCUGCCCCCAGAUGAGGGGGGUGCCAAGGGGGCGGCCUGCAGCGUCCCCAAUCAUUACAAGCCCUCGGCCCUGUUCCAACCCCAAGCCCCCUCCAAGGGCAGCAUGGCCUCCCAGGCCACAGCCAGGUCCGAUUUGGUGGUCUAGGGCUCACGCUACAGCCCAGCUCCCAUCUGUGCCAGGCACCGGGCCUGCCACUUAGCAGGGUCGCUGCGGCAACACCUGUGACCUGAGUGGGACGUUCUCAGCCCUGCUGCAGCGUCAGUGGCCCUGAGCAACCUUCCAGCUGUGCCCUAAGGGCCCGGGGCCCGCAGUCCGUACCAGCCCCAUACACCCUGGCAGAGAGCUGCCCCCUGCCUCGGGCGCACAGAGGACUCUGAGCCUAGGGCACAAAGGCCCGUAUGCCCCGAGCAGCAGGAAAGGAGCUGGCCAGACUACAAGGAGUGACAGCAUGGCCCAAGGCUUAGAGCAUUGGGCUGGACGGGGAGAGCUGGGGGUCUCAUUCCAGCUGGCGUAGGUGACCAGACGAGGGGCAAUGAACUGACCCUGCCCUUCUGCCUGGUGCUCAGCCGGGGGAUAGGACGGUUCCUGAAGACAGGAAGCUGGGUGGGGUGGGCAGGGACGGGGGCUCUGGGGCCAGGCAAAAUGGUGUUGCCAAAUUUUAUACAUUUGUGUGAAUAAACAAAAGAAAACUUUUUAAUUAAAAAACCCGAGCCCAACCUGUGAUUUGCGAGCGAGGUUGGUGCUGUGGCAUGAGCCGAACGGCAACUCGGUCCCAUGGGUGGGGACACGCUGCCCUGGGCUGGGGCCAUGUUCUCCCUUCGUUUUCACACUUUGAUUUGGAGCAGGAGCUAAAUUCAACCUGUCCCAUCAGUGGCACAUUCCCUCUGCCCGAGCGCUCUGAGGCUCCACCCUGGCAGAGCUAGGCAAGGCCGGGCAAGGCUUGCUGCCCAGAACCAGAGCCCUGGUAGCACUCACGGCCGUGGGGAGACACUGGCAGUGCCCCAUGUUGGAACCAAAUUCCAGGCCGUCCCAGCACGCCAUGUGGUAAUGAUUGUUCUGGCCACGCCGGGCAUGUGGGUCCAGAUGCUGGCUUAGCAGCAGUUGAGGGCCUCCGAUGGCCAUGCAUGGGGUGGAACCUGGUGUCAGAUGUCAGCCCUACCCUGUGUGGGCUGGAUACGGUGACAGAGGUGUGCGGGGGGAGCCCAGCAACAGACUAGCAGGGGGCUGCAGGUCAG